AUGUCUGGCGCGCACGCGCCCCGCGCCGCAGAGGCCGCGGCGCGCGUGCGUGCGCUGAUAACGGGCAAGGCGGACGAGCACGCGGGCGCCGGCGCGGCCCCGGAUCGGGCCGAGGGAGCUGCGCCGGAGGGCGCGCGCCCAGGCGGCCAGGCAAUUGAGGACGCGGACAGCGGCGCUGCUGCUGCGGCGGCGGCGGCGGCCUUGGAAGCCAAGGACAGGAGGAUCUGCGAGCUGCGCGCCGCGCUUGCGGCGGCGCUCGGUGACGCAGCGGCCGCUUUCGCCGGCAGCGGGGAUAGGAGCCUGAAGCCAGGCGGUUCGGUCGUCGGGGCAGGCGCAGUGGCUGACCCGAAGUUGGAGCGGAUACGCCAGUUGACGUCAGCGCUCACCGAGGCGUCCGCCGCGGCGGACGCGGCGGCGGCAGCGGCGGCGGCGGCGGGGCGCGCCGGCGGCGCCGCCGGCGUCGCCGUCGGGGCGACUGGCAGGGUUAUGGUGGCGCAUGCGGCUGCGAGCGGGGGCGGCGGCGUCAGCUCUGACCCGGAUGACCCCAAGUCCCAUCGCAUCAGAGAACUGCGGGCCGCCCUGGCCGAUGCCAUGGCAGAGCUGGACCAGAUGCGGCAGCAGCAGCAGCAGCAGCAGCAGCAGCAGCGGCAGCAGGGGGAGGAGGGAGGCGGCCCCAACCUCCACGACGCGCGGUCCGAGGCUGCUCACCUGCGCUCCGAGUGCGCCGCGCUGCGCGGCGACGCGGAGGGCUUGCUGCGCCGCGCGGCAGCGGCCGAGGCCACGCUGGCAGCUUCGCGGCAGCUGCUGCUGGACGCGGACGCGCGAGAGUCGUCGGCCCUCCAGCGCGCCGCGGCGUCCGACGCGCGCGCCGCCGACGCCGCGCGACGCCUCGGGGCAGCCGGCGCGGCGCUGGACGCGGCGCUGCGGCGCGCGGGCGACGCAGAGGAUGAGCUGGCGGUCGCGGUUUCGCGCGCCGAGGAAGCCGAGGGGCAGCUGCAGGGGCUGUGCGAUCUCGAGUCCGCGUGGCGCGCCGACAAGGCGGCGAUGGACGCGCGGUUUGCGGCGCUGCAGGCGGCGUUGGAGGAGGAGGGCGCGGCGCUGCUGAGUCAGCAGUUGCGGGGCCGGCAGCUGGACGCGGCCGGCCACAGCAGGGAGCUCGGAGAGGCAAAGGCUCGGCUGCAGGAGGCACGGCUUGAGGCGCAGCAAAUGGAGGGAGAGCUGCGGCGGGAGCUCGCCGCCGCCGCCAAGGGCGCCGCCGCAGCGGCGGCGGAGGCCGCGGCGCUGCGCGGCGAGCAGGACGGCCUGCUGCGGCGGGCAGCUUGUUGCGAGCGCGCGCUGCGCGACGCCGCCGUCUGCGCCGCGGAAGCGGGGGCUCGCGCCGACGGGCUGGCUCGCCAGGCGGCCGCGGCGGUGCGAGCUUAUCGCGGCGCCAGCGAUGCUGCUGCCACGGCGGGCAAGCGCCUGACGCACGAGGCGGCGGGGAGAGCGGCCGCUGAGCAGAGGGCGGCCCAGCUGGACGCCAGCCUCGCCGCCGCGCGCCGCGAGGGCGCGGAAGCGGGCGCGGCCGCCGCGGCGCUCGGGGCGCGCUGCGAGGAGGCGGAGGCGCGCCUGCGGCGGGCGGCGGAGGAUGCCGAGCGCGCGCGCCGCGAGCGCGACGCCGCGGCGGCCUCUGUGGAAGCCGAGCGGGCGGUGAAUGCGCGGCUGCUGUCCGAGCUCCAGGCAGCGCAGCGCGGCGCCGCCGGCGCCGCCUCCGAGGCGCAGGCGCGGGCGCAGGCCGCGGAGGCGCGGGCAGCGGCCGCGCGAGAGGAGUGCGCAGAAGCACUGCGCCGCCUCAGCGAGCGCGAGAGUGCUGUGUGCGAGCUGCAGCGGCGCGAGCAGGAGCGGCGCGAGUCCGAUCAUCAGCAGCAGGCGGGGCUGUCGGAGCCGCAGCGCGCGAGGCUGGAGGGCGGCGCGGCGGCUGCCCUGGCGGCGCAGCAGCAGCACCUUGCGUCAGAGCUCGGCGCGGAGCGCCAGGCGCGGCUCGAUGCGGCCGAGCGGCGCGCUGACCAGGCGGAGGAGCAGCUCUGCCAUUUUGGCGCUGAGCUGGCAGAGGCGCGGCAGAGGGCGGCGGAGCUCGAGCUCGAGGCUCGCCUGUGGCAGCAGCAGCAGCAGCAGCAGCACGGGGAGCUACGAGACGCGUGCGCAGACGCGGCCGCGCCCGUCGACCAGAUUGCUCCCAGGCAGGGCGGCGCACUGCGCCAGCACAAGGACGCGGCGGCGGCAGCCGCGGCCGCGGCGGCCGCGCUGGCGCGGUCUGAGGGGCAGCUGGAAGCUGCAGAGGCAGAGCUGACCGGCCUGCGAGCCGCCGCUGCUCACCUGCACGCACAGCUGGCCGGCACCCAGACCGAGCUGGAGGCGGCGCUCUCGCGCGCGUCGGACGCGGGCGCGGCCGCGGCGCUGGCUGGCGCGGCGGCGGAGACACGGUGGCUGGCUCGGGUGCAGGAGCUCGAGGCGGCGGUUGCCCGGGAGCGGCACAAGCAGGUGGAGCUGCAGGCACACGCCCACGAAGCCGAGGGCCUCCGCGCGCGCGUCGCCGCGCUGCAAACCCAGCUGGCGGCGGCCGUGGAGGAGGGGUUUAUGGCGCAGCAUGCGGCGGACGCGUCGGCGGAGCGGGCAGGACGGCUGCGGGACGAGUUGGAGCGAGGGGAGGCGGCGGUAGCAGCAGCAGCAGCAGCAGCAGCAGCCGCAGCAGCAGCAGCUGCCGAGCAGAUUCCUCCUUCAGACGGCAAUGCGAUCGCCAGACAGCCGGCCGGUGACGCAGCAUUGGGAGCAGCAACAGCAGCAGCAGCAGCAGCAGCAGCAGCAGCAGCAGCAGCAGUGACAACGCCAGCGGCAGCAGCGGCCGUCCCCAUUGAGCACGCCGCUGUGGGCAGCGCAGGCCCGAAGCGGCGGAGCGACGCGGCGGAGGAGGUAGCGGCGCUGGCAGGGAAGCUGGCGAGGAGCCAGCAACAGCUGCGGACGCUGACUCUGCAGGUGCAGCAGCUGCAGGCCGAGAACGCCAGGCUGCAGAAGGCGCUCCAAAGCAGGCCGCAUCAGCCAGCCGUGCAAGAAGGGCCCGUCACUGCGGCGCCGGGCACUCGGCCGUGCACAGAGAGCUCCAGCGGCAUCGAGGCCGCCCUAGCGGCCGAAAACCUUGACCUGGUGAACCGCGUGACGGCGGGCCACCAGAAGCUCAGGCUGCUCAAGGCGCGCCUCGUGCAGCGCGAUGCGGAGGUGGAGCAGCGCGCGAUCGAGGUGCGACAGCUGGAGACGCGGGUGCGGUCUUUGUCCCGUCAGAGCGACCACGAGGCCGGCACCAAUGGCGUCAAAGCAGGAGCUGAGCUACCCAUGGACGGACCCAUGCUGUCAGCCAUCGAGGCGGCGGACCUGCGGGCAGAGGUGGACGCGUAUCGGCGCGCCCUGGCGGCCGCUCAAGAGGAGGCUGCUGCAGCCAUGACGCUGGCUAAUGAGGCACGCGCGCAGGCCAAGGCUGCGGCAGAGGCCCGCCGAGAGGAUGAGAAGCAGCGGCUUGACUGGCGACGGUCGCCCGGCGGAGCGGCCGAGGAGGGCGCCGGCGAGGCGGUGCCGCACGCGCCUGCGCUUUGGGCCAGGGUGGUCGCCCUGCAGUCCGAGCUGGACCGCGCGCAGGAAGACGUCCGCACCGCAAACGCGCGCCGGGCGGAGCUCGCGCAGGUCAACGCCGAGCUGGCGCAGCAGCUCUCAGACGGCGAGCGCCGCCUCCGCGAGGCCGCGGCCGCGUCGUCGGUGCUGCAGGCGCAGCUCGCGGCGCUGCAGGACGCGGCUGCGGCGAAGGACCGGGUCAUCGAACAGCUCAAGGCACUGUGUGAGGGCGACCAGGGCAGCAUCAGCGGGGCCGCGGCGCCGCACGACGGCCGCCCCGGCAGCGCCAGCAGCGGCAGCGGUGGGCGCAGCAGCGCGCGGCAGAGCAGCGUCAGGAGCGGGGAGGGCCGGCACCACUCCCGCAUUGACAAGGUCGCGUCUGCGUGGAAGGAGGCUGGGAGGCUGAAGGGCCUCAAAAUUGAGGAGCUCAACUUCCAGCUGGGGCAGGCGUCCGUGCAACUGGAGCACCUGCGGCGGGAGACGGCGGGGCUGACGCAGCAGCUGGUUGAGGCGCAGGCCCGCGCAGCCGCGGCAGAGUCGGCCCUCAUGCAGCAGCGCGAGGCUGCGGCGGCGCAGGCCGACGCGCUCGCCAGCGCCGUGCGCACCAAGGACAGCGGGCUUGCUGCCGGCGAGGCGCGCAUCCAGGCGCUAGAGGCGGAGCUGCACGCCGCCAACGGGCGCUGCGCGGCGCUGCAGCGGCAGCUUGAGUUUGCUGAGGCCGAGGCGGCGCGCCUCUCAGAGGCGUCCGCGCAGCUGAGCGGCCGGGCCGACGCGCACGCGGACGCGGCGGCCGCCGCCAGGGAGGACGCCGCGUCGGCGCGGCGCGGCGGCGAGGCGCUGCGCCAGCAGCUGGAAGCGGCGGCGCUCAGCGAGCGGCGGCGCCUGGAGGCGCUCGACGCCGCCGUCUCGCGGCUCUGCAGCGUGCUGCGGCAGCUGCUGCUGUCGGUGGCGCCCGCCGCGGUGCAGAGCAGCGCCUGCGGCGGCGGCGGCAUCAGCAGCAGCGACGCCGCGGCGCCGGACUCCCCUUUCGGCGGCGGCCUGCCGGCGCCGUUUGCGGGGCUCCUGCUGGGCAGCCCCGAACGGCGCGGCGCGGGGCCGCAGGGCAGGGCGGACGGCGGCGGGUCUGUCGCUCUACUAGAGGAGCUGAUCGAUGUGGUUGGCUCCGAACUGUCGCGUCGGCUGCGCGAGGCGGCGGCGGCGGCGCAGCGGCUUGCUGAGCUCGAGGCGCGGCUGGCUGCCAAGGGGGACGACGCGGCCAGGCUGCAGGCAACCCUCAGGGCCCAGAGUGACAAGAUAUUCCAGCAGCAGGCGGCGCUGUCGCGCGCGCAGGAGGAGGGGCGGGAGCUGCGGCGGCAGCUGGACACCAGGGCGAAUCAGCAGGGCCUGAUCGAGGCGGAGGCCGGGCGCCUGGCGGAGGAGUGCGCCCGCCUGCGCGCGCACGCGGCGCGGCAAGACGAUGUGCAGCAGCAGCAGCAGCAACAGCAGGAGCAGCAGCAGGGCUGCGCCGCGGCCAUAUCCGUCAAGACCGACCAGCUGGCUGCGGCUGACGCGCGUGUGGAGCAGCUGGAGGGGCAGCUCAAGGCGCUGCUGGGGAGGUCUUCCGCUCAAGCCCAGCAGAUCUCGGCUCUGCGGUCCCAGGCCGACGGCGCGGCGCGCGCGCAGGCCGAGGCCGCCGUGGCGCGCGGCGAGGCGCUGGCCAGCCUGCAGGUGCGCGCGGGCGCCGAGCUCGGGAGCGGGCGGGUGGCGCGCGCUGAGCUGGACAACGUUCAGGGGCAGGUGGCUGUUGCGCAGGACCAGGCGGAUAAGAAGGGCCAAGAAAUCAGGUGA